AUGGAGGGCCCGAUGCCGCCCCCGGGGCCGCGGAGGCCGGGACCCGAGCCCGCAUCGGACGAAGACGAAGACGAAGACGACUCGGACGGCGACGGAUCCGACGACGACGUCGACGACUUCCUCCCCACGGCCAACGAGGCUGUGAUGGAGGGGCACAAGAAGAUCGUGAGCUGCAUGGCGCUGGAACACACCGGGAGCCGCCUCCUCACCGGCUCCCACGACUACGGCGUAAAGAUAUACGACUUCAACGGCAUGAAGCGGGACCUGCGGCCGUUCCGCGAGAUCGUGCCCAUGGACGGCUACCCGGUGCACGCGCUGUCGUGGUCGCCGACGGGGGACCAGUUCCUCUGCGUCACCGGCCACCCGCAGCCGAAGAUAUACGACCGCGACGGGCGCGAGCUGGGCGAGUUCGACAAGGGCGACAUGUACAUCCGCGACUUGAAGAACACCAAGGGGCACUGCUCGCCGUGCACGGGCGGAGCGUGGCACCCGUACGAGAAGCACACGGUCCUGACAUCCUCCGCGGACGGCUCCAUGCGCGUGUGGGACGUCAACUAUCUGGGUCACCCGAGGGGCGCGCAGGCGAGCGUCCUGAAGCCCGCGCUGGCGAAACCGGGGAGGGUGCAGGUCACCGCGUGCUGCUACAGCCCCGACGGCUCCGUCGUCGCCGGCGCCGUGUCCGACGGGUCCAUCCAGAUCUUUCCGACCGGGUCCCAGGGGCCAAAGACGCAGCUGAAAAAGUCGCACCUGCCGGGCGAGACGGUGACGAGCGUGGCGUUCAGUCGCGACGGAAACACGCUCCUGUCGCGGUGCCAGGACGGAACCCUGCGCGUGUGGGACAUGAGAAACGCGUCCAAGGUUGUCAAGACGUUCGACGACCUGGAGACGACGCACGAGGAAACGUCAGUCGGGUUCUCCCCGAAUGACGACUUUUUCUUCACCGGCGUGGACGCGCCCAUGUCCCGCGCAGAUAAGGGCGACGGCGCCCUCGCGGUGUUUUCCAAGUCCAAGCUCGAGAUGGUUCGUAAGGUUGGCGUUCCCGGGAACUGCGUGUCCGCGCUGUGGCACCAGCGCCUCAACCAGGUGUUCAUCGGCGCCGGGGACCACAAGAGCGGGUGCGUGAGGGUGCUCUACGACGAGAAAAAGUCCACGAGGGGCAUGCUGGUGUGCGUGGGGCGGAAAACCCGGAAGGAGUCCCAGUCGGACUUCGUCAACAUCAACGUGCAGUCCAUCGCGUACGUGCCUCACGCGCUGCCCAUGUUUCAGGAGCCCAUGCCCGGGCAGAAGGCGAAGGGGGAGAGCUUCACGGCGAAGCGCAAGGAUCCGCUGAGGACGAAGAUUCCCCAGGAGCCGACUCCGAACGAGAGGGGCGGCACGCUCCUGACGCAGCACAUCAUGAAGGGAAGCGACAUGAUCGGCGAGAAGAACUGGAGGACGCAGGAUCCGAGGGAGGCGAUCUUGAGGCACGCGAAGGAUGCCGAGGAGAAUCCGUGGACGACAAACAACGCGUACAAGGAGACUCAGCCGGUGCCAAUUUUCCACCAGUCCGACGAGGAAAACUCUGAUUCGGAAUAA